AUGUUGCGGUGUGCGCGCGGGGCUGUUCGGCCGCUCCUCGCGCUCCGCUCGCUCAUGCCAGUGUGUCACCUGGGCACUCACGCGCGCAACGAGCCCGUGGAGCCGCUGAGCUCAGCGCAGGGAGCGCGAGACUUCAUCUACCGGCUUCAUCCCGGCGAGCGCUCGUGCCUCCUGCGCGAGCUGCACCGCUUCGAGUCCAUAGCCAUUGCACAAGAGCAACUGGAAAUGGCUCCUCCGACUUCUGCUCAGCUCAGAUAUGUGCUGCUUCACAAUGCAAUUCCGUUCAUCGGCUUCGGCUUUCUGGACAACGCCAUUAUGAUCGUUGCGGGUACACAGAUCGAGCUGUCUAUAGGUGUCAUCCUUGGCAUCUCAACCAUGGCAGCUGCUGCUCUCGGAAACCUGGUGUCGGACCUGGCAGGACUUGGACUCGCAGGUUAUGUGGAAGCCUUGGCAUGCAGAUUCGGGAUGCAGAUUCCAGAUCUGAGCCCCAAGCAGGCGGAUAUGUGGCAGACCAGACUAAGCGUUCACUCUGGAAAAGCCAUCGGAGUGGCAAUCGGCUGCAUCCUGGGAAUGUUUCCUCUGCUCUUUUUUAAGGACGAAGAAGAAAAGACAGAGGAAGCAGGAAAGGAACAAUCACCACCUCCUGCUUCCACCUCCCAGAAGAGUGCAUGAUAGAGAAUCAAGUACCUCUCUGAAGUCCUGUCAAUCACAAAACUGAUCAGACUGACACACGAGCUGCCGGUCAGCAGCGUCGUUCCAUCAACACUACACGCAUGGUUUCCUUUGAUGAUGUUAUUGUGCUGAAACUGCUGGUUCGUGUUUUGAAGUUUUUGAUGAUUCUGAGUUC